GCCAGCGUCCGGUUUGAAAACAUGGCGCCAGGCCAUCGGUUGGUUUUGAGCGAGGAGCUUAUCCGGGAGCGCAGCGCUUUGGGUCCCCACCGCGACCUGGCUGAACUUCGAUCUUUAUCUAUUCCUGGAACAUACCAGGAGAAGAUUACCCACCUGGGGAACUCUCUGAUUCAUCUGACAGCUCUAAAAUCCUUAGAUCUCUCACGGAACUCCUUGGUUAGUCUUGAGGGCAUUCAGUAUCUGGCCUCCUUGGAGAGUCUCAAUAUCUACUACAACUGUAUUUCUUCAUUAUCAGAAGUGUUUAGGCUUCACUCCCUAACGGAGCUCCAGGAUGUGGACUUCCGGCUUAACCCUGUUGUGAAGAAUGAAUCCAGCUACCGCCUGUUUGUCGUACACAUGCUCCCCAAGCUCCGACAGCUAGAUGACCGUCCUGUGAGAGAGAGUGAGCGGAAGGCUUCUCAGCUUCAUUUUGCUUCAGAGGAUUCACUGGACUCACAGGAGAACUUCUCAGCCACAUUGACAGUUGGAAGACCAUACCACUCCAGAAACAGAUGUGCUGAUACUUUAGCCAAGAAAUGCUUGGUUAUGGAUGCUGAUGAUGAGGCUGUCCUGAAUCUCAUUGCUGAGUGUGAAUGGGACCUAAGCAAUCCUCCUGGGAGCACGAGCUCCAGCCAGAAGGAACAUGAGGCUGACCUCUAUUACGUCCAAGAGUCCAGACAUCUGUUGAGUCCUUUGUCCAUCCAGCACCAAUGUGGGGACUCAGUGAGGCGAGGCCACGAGAAGAAAGUCACCUCCAGAGGGUGCUGUCCCGCUCAUUCUCCACAGGACCAGCUCUGUGGGGAGCUCCCCCCACAUGGAGUGCCGGAGGCCUGCCAUGUGCAUGUGCAGCACAGCCGCAUCACGUCACAGCCAGACUCUACGGAUGUUGGGGACUGUGCUUCAUCCUCUCAGAAGUCGACUUUGUCAUCACAAAAGAUACUAAAUCCUUUGCCUGUUCCUGAAAAGUACAGGAAGCGAAGGAUGCCUGGUGGUCGAUUCCAGCUGCCUUCAGACCGGGAGUGUCUGAGCUGCCUAGAGAGGGCUGAUGGGCCCUCUGGUCUUGAGGACAGUCUGAGCCAACAGAAUGGCUUGGAGAGCCACAGUCAGAUAGCCUUGACUCACUCUGAGUCUUUGGAGGCCGAAGAGCUGAUACGUCCUGGCACAAAUGACCCCAGAGUGCUGUCUCCUAAGCUCAGCUUGGCAGCGGGGUCUGAGCGAAGGUCCACUCUGGAAGUGGCACUUCUGGAGGCUCUCCUCGACCUACUCGACAGGUGCGCUAGUGGCAGUGGAUCCCUGCAUGGCAACGAGGCUUUCCUUGCUCAGGCCAGGCGUGUUUUGUCAUCUCUUCAAGAGUUCACAGCAGCUAGGGACAGUUCAGCACUUGAAAAGGAAGGACUUAGUUUCCUGUCUCUUGAAAAUAAGUCUCUGCAAAGCCGCCUUGCUGAGCAGCAGCAACAGUACACUACUACCUUGAACAAGGUGACUGCAGAGCUCAACAGUACCAGGAGGGAGCUGGACACAUUGAGACAACAUUUGGACAAAUCGUUGGAAGAGAAUAGUAACUUAAAAUCUCUUCUGUUCAGUGUAAAAAAAGAAGUAAAAACCGCAGAUACUUCAGCUGCAUUAACUCUGCAGAUCACUGGACUUCAGACAAGUAUGAAGGAGCUCUCUGGGGAAGUUGUGGAGCUAAAGCAGCACUUGGAGCACUAUGACAAGAUCCAGCAGCUCACACAGAUGCUGCAAGAGAGCCACAGCUCCCUGGUGAGCACCAAUGAACAUCUCCUGCAGGAGUUGAGCCGUACACGGGCACAGCACAGAGCUGAGGUAGAGCAGAUGCGCUGGAGCUUCCAGGAGUUUAAGAAGACUGCUGCCCUGUUCCCACGCCAUAGCUCCCGACUUGGUGGCCGACAGUCCUGCUAGCUGCUACUAAGCUGUGUUCUCCAUCAGUUCUAGCCCCAGGGUUGCACCUGGGCAUGCAUACCCUGGUGAGACUGCAGUCACUUUAGGAUCCUCAAAAUGUGGUCAUGAGCUCAGCUUGUUUAUGUGCUCUAAGUUGAUGAGUUCCACCCUGGGGCUUUGUCAUUUUGAGAUGUUUUGUCAUUACACAUUCUGUUGUAAAGUACCUGCAAUAUUUUUUCUUCCCAGUGCAAGAAAGCUUUGUGUAAUUAAAAUGUUUUCAUGUGAGAA